GGGCCUGUGGUCUGGACGCCCAGGCUUUGUGGACAGGAGUUAAGAGAUCAUGGGGGGAAUCAGCCACUCUGCUUUCAGUUUCCUCUGUUGAAAAUUGGCAGGGGAUGGGGUUGUUUUCGGAACUGGGAGCACUUUCCGAUCAGUCCAGAGGGUCUUCCUACUCUUACCCAAUCCUCCCUGCCCCCACCCUGCAGGCCCCUACCUUCUGGAGCUGCGCGGGGUUCAGGCAGGCCAUGAGGAGGAGGUGGUCGAGGUGGUCGGGUGGCUCUAGGCUCUCCGCACUGGUGCUGUGCCCCGCCCAAGGUGGAAGAGGAAAAAGGUCAGAAGGGGAGAGUGCAUAGAGCCUGGGAGGCCCAGAAGGACUUAACUAUUCCCUACCCAGAGAAAACUCAAUCCCUGCCCCCCUCCACCCCAGACCAGCCUGCGCCUAAAUCCCAGUUUUUUCAGGCUCCCUCUGACUUCUGUGCCCAGAGGGUCCUGGGUCCCUCUUCCCAGCUAAUCCAGGAUUAACCCUUUCUGAUCUCCUUCAAGGUUUUUCCUGCCCCCCACCCCCUCUCUGGGGCUGGCUGCUUACAGGUGCCCAGAAGUUGAAUUUAAGAGGUAUCUAGGAGUAGCGAGGAGCAAGUGAGCGAGUAGGGGCUGGUCGGCGCAGCAGCGCAGCAAUGCCUAAGUCAAAGGAACUUGUUUCUUCAAGCUCUUCUGGCAGCGAUUCUGACAGUGAAGUUGACAAAAAGUUAAAGAGGAAAAAGCAAGUUGCUUCAGAAAAGCCUGUAAAGAAGCAAAAGACUGGUGAGACGUCAAGAGCCCUGUCAUCAACAGAGCCUAGCAGCAGGGAUGACAACAUGUUCCACGUCAGCGUACGGGACUUUAAAGGAAAAGUCCUAAUUAAUAUUAGAGGAUAUUGGAUGGAUCCAGGUGAAACGAAACCAGGAAGAAAAGGUAUUUCCUUAAACCCGGAGCAAUGGAGCCAGCUGAAGGAACAGAUUUCUGACAUUGACGAUGCAGUGGGAAAACUGCGAAAUCUGAGCCAUAUAAACCUGUGCUGUCCUGGUUGUUUUAACCUGUCUUUUUACAUUGGCUUUGUUUUGUAAAUGUUGUUUUCCAGGCUAUUGUAUAUUUCAAUUGCAGAACAAUUUGUAAGAAUACUUUUUUUUUAAAUGUGCAUUAAAAAUGUAAUGUGCAUUAUUAAAAAUGUUCUGAGUGAA